UGGACUUAGAUACCUAUAUAAUUAACGCUGUCUUCGUGCCUCCUCAACUGUUUCCCUCACCAAGCAAGCAACCUCUUCUUCCAAGACUCAACUCUGCAUCGAAUUCGAGGCUUCGAACCAACCUCAAGUUCAAGACUCGCUCCAACUCGCUUCAACACUUUCAUCAUGGCACCAAAAUACGCCAAAGACCAGGGCCCCGGCUUCACUAACGCCGUCACCAAAGUGGCCAUCAUCGGGGCCGGCGGCAACGUCGGCAAGCACAUGGCCGCCGCGCUCGUGGCGACGGGCAAGCACACGGUGACGGCCAUCUCGCGCGAGGGCAGCGGCAGCGCGGUGCCGGCGGGCGUGGCAGUCGUGCGCGCCGACUACGCCAGCGAAGCGUCCCUCGUCGCAGCCAUGGCGGGCCAGCAGGUGCUCAUCAUCUCGCUGUCGAUCCACGCGGCGCCGGGCACGCACGACGCGCUCGUCGCCGCGGCCGCCAAGGCCGGCGUGCCGUACGUCAUGCCCAACGCGUACGGCGGCGACUUCACCAACGAGGCGCUCGCGCGCGAGAGCCUGCACGGCGCCACGGUGCGCGCCAACGUCGCCACCAUCGAGGCCGCCGGCGUCAGCGCCUGGAUCGCCCUGACCUGCAGCUUCUGGUACGAGUGGAGCGUGUCGGCCGGGCCGUCGGCCUACGGCUUCGACAUUGCGCAGCGCGCCGCGACCUUGUUCGACGACGGGGCCGAGAAGAUCAACACGAGCACGUGGGCGCAGUGCGGCCGCGCUGUCGCCGCGCUGCUCAGCCUCAAGGAACUGCCCGACGACGAGCGCGACACCGCGCCCGCCGUGGCGACCUGGGCCAACAAGCUGCUGUACGUGUCGAGCUUCCGCGUCUCGCAGCGCGACAUGCUCGACAGCUUGCACCGUGUGCUCGGCACCACCGACGCCGACUGGACGAUUGCCAAGGAGAGCUCGGCCGAGCGGUACAAGAAGGGCCUCGAGGAGCUGCAGAAGGGCGACCGGAGCGCUUUUGGCCGCGUGCUGUACACACGCGCUUUCUUCCCCAACGGCGGCGGUGACUACGAGUCGGUGCAUGGCCUGGCUAACAGCGUGCUGGGCCUACCCGAGGAGGACCUAGACGAGGCAACCAGGGCGGCUGUCGAGCUGACCAAGAACGGCUUCUGGGACAAGUUCAGCUACCAGAAUAACUAGUGAUUUGCGGCUCUAAGCUGUGGUUGGGGUGUUCGGUAUUCUUUGUAGCUGCAACAGUCCUGUACUUGCUUAAACCGUUGGGCAUCUUCUCUGGGCUUCACAUUCACCAUCUUGUAGCCUC